GUCCAGCUGGAAGGAGAGUUUGUCAGCGAGCAGUUAACUCCUGCUGGAGAAACAUUCCCAGAGUUUAAAGGAAGAUUAGAUCAGAUCGAGGAGGAGAAGAUGGAUGAUCAGCACAGACUGCUGGAUUUCACCAGGAUCCCCCAGAUCAUCUUACACCGGAUAGACCUCCUGCAGGUUGGAAAAGAGGAGGAUUUCUCUGAGCAGCAGCUCUGGAAACAGGAGAGGAAUUCCAGUUUGGACCAAGAGGAACCAGAACCUCUGCAGAUGAAAGAAGAGCAACUAAAGCCAGAAGAUCCCUGGACUAAAGAGGAAACCAUGGAGCUCCCCAUCAGUGAGCAGGAGGAGCAGCAGGAGGCUGGAGACCUCCUGCAGGUUGGAAAAGAGGAGGAUUUCUCUGAGCAGCAGCUCUGGAAACAGGAGAGGAAUUCCAGUUUGGACCAAGAGGAACCAGAACCUCUGCAGAUGAAAGAAGAGCAGCUAAAGCCAGAAGAUCCCUGGACUAAAGAGGAAACCAUGGAGCUCCCCAUCAGUGAGCAGGAGGAGCAGCUGCUUCUCAAGGAGGAGGAAGGAGACGUAGAAGAGAAACCAUUCCCAUGUUUGGUUUGCAGAGAAACCUUCCAAGAAAAAGAAUAUUUAACGGUUCAUAUGAGAACUCACCCUGGUGGGAAGAUUUAUGAAUGUCUGACCUGUGGGAAAAGCUUCACUAAUAAAACUGGUCUGGAUAGACAUGUCAGGAUUCACACCGGAGAGAAACCAUUUAUCUGUUCCAUUUGUGGAAAAAGUUUUGCCCAAAAAAGUAAUAUGACUAUCCACAUUAUAAGUCACUCAGACGAAAGGCCUUUUUCCUGCAACAAGUGUGGAAACAGGUUUAAGACAAAAGCUUUAUUGAAUAAACACACGAGAACUCACACAGAUAAGAAGCCUUUCAAAUGUCUGUCCUGUGGGAAACGUUUCAAUACUAAAACUAACAUGAUUCGGCAUGUCAGUCUUCACACGGGAAAGAAGCCGUUCUCCUGUACUAUUUGUGGCAAAAGUUUUACUAGAAAAAUCCAAUCAACCAACCACAUGAGAACCCACACAGGUGAAAGGCCUUUUCCAUGUGAGCUGUGUAAGAAAACAUUCAUCUCAAAAUCUUGUUUGAAUGACCACAUGAAAGUUCACACUGGUGAGAAACCUUUCAAAUGUCUGUUCUGUGGGAAAAGCUUCAUUAAGAAAUCUGGUCUUGAUAAACACGUCAGAAUCCACACCGGGGAGAAGCCGUUCUCCUGUACAGUUUGUGAAAAAAGUUUUAUAGUAAGAAGCAGAUUAAAUUCUCACAUGAGAACUCACUCAGCUCAAAGCUCUUUUCCCUGUAAGAUCUGUGGAGAAACAUUCAAAACAAGAAUUAAUUUCUAUGUCCACAUGAGCAUUCACACAGGUAAAAGGUAUGAAUGUCAGUGCUGUGGGAAAAGCUUCACUCAAAAAUGGGAUUUUGAUAAACACAUGAGAAUUCACACGGGUGAGAAGCCAUUUGAAUGUGUUUCCUGUGGGAGCAGAUUCACUCGUAAAUCUAAUCUGGAUGCACACAUCAGAACUCAUACAGGUGAGAAGCCUUUUGAAUGUCUGUCUUGUGGAAAAAGCUUCGCUCAAAAAUCUAAUCUUGAAAAACACAUAAGAACUCACACAGGUGAGAAACCGUUCUCCUGUGUGAUUUGUGGCAAAAGUUUUAAUCAGAAGGGAAAUUUGACAUCCCACAUGGCAACUCACAAAGCUUAGAAAGAUUUUUUAUGCUUUAUAUUUAAUCUCCGAUCCAGUUUUUUUCCAUGUCACGCUGACUGCGUAUAGAGAGGCUCUGACUAGGCAGGGUGAGCAGAUCUGUGCAGAUUAUUUUAACUUCUCUCUCUGUGGCAUACACUACGACGGAGUAUUAGGGCCACACAUGAAGAGAAAAAAUA